AGAAGGAAUGGUGGCUAAUAAUGAAUGCUUUUCCUAACAUAAGAAGUAGAUUCAAAUUAAUAGUAUUUCCCUGAGGAAACCUCUUGAGUGUCUCCCCUCAAGAGCGAGGGACCAUUCCUCCAAAUCACACCUGAAGGAGAAGCCCUUUCCUUGUGGUGCUAAGUCUUGCAUCUCAACAUCAGAAGGAGACAAUGCUUCGCUGCAGAAAGCGGGAUUUGUGGAUCGCCGUCCCUUUUCUCAUUCUGCUAUGUGUUCAAGUUCACAACUGGAUAACACACUUCCCUCCUCCUUCCCCGGUGGAGCUGCCAACCGACCGGUGCAGAGGGAAAAUUGUCAACAACACAAUCACAGCAUUAAAACACAACAAGACAUUUGUCAUAUCCUCGUAUCACGACAACAGGGAACAAAACUUGACUCGGGUGAUUGCCAUAGUGGCCUACAAGAACGUGGAGGACCUCUAUUGCUGGUUUUGCUGCAGUCUCGACGGCCGCAUCUCCGUCAAAAGGGCAGCCAUUGCCAUUCACCAAGAUCGGGUUGGCUCCAUUUUCGGGGCGGCGGAUAUUGUGUGUCUGGAACCCCAGCUCUGCUAUCCAAAAUACGUCUCCAUUCAUUCGUCCCCAAAAGGCCAAGCGGAAGAGCUGCCAAGUUUUGAAAUUCAGAACCGUUUGCCGCAGUUUUCCUUUUCGGCUGAGUUCACACUUUGCCUCUCGGUCAUGUUUGAAAACUACAGCAAUGUGUUGCAGUUCAUCCAAAGCAUGGAAAUGUAUAAAAUCCUCGGCGCGCAGAAAGUGGUGAUUUACUUACACAACUGCAGCCAACUGAUGGAGCAAGUCUUGAAUUUUUAUGUUGCGGAAGGCACCGUCGAGGUUAUACCGUGGCCAAUUGUUUCCUAUAUCAAUUUCUCUUCUUUCUGGUACUCGCAUAAGGAUUGGCUGUAUGGGAAAGCCACUGUUCUCAAUGACUGCAUCUACCGCAAUAUGUACAGGAGCAAAUAUGUGGUUCUUAAUGACAUUGAGGAGAUUAUCCUACCCAUCAAACAUCUGAAUUGGCGAAAAAUGAUAAGCAGCCUUGUGGAACGCAACCCAGAGGCCGGCAUCUUCCUUUUUGAAAACAAUUUCUUUCCACAAAACGUUUUCUCUUCCGUCGACAACGGAUUCGACAUUUCGUUAUGGAAGAAUGUCCCGGGAACGAACAUUUUGCAGCAUAUUUACAAAGAACCCAGCAGACUGUGGCUCAAGAACCCAAGGAGAAUGAUAGUCGACCCGAGGAAAGUGGUGCAAACCUCAUCCAGCUACAUUCUCCAGGGUUAUAGCAAAACACUGGACGUGCCCAGAGAUGUUGGCAUGCUUUACAAUUGCAGAGACCACCACAAACAAGAGAUCCCUGACAACUACCUGAUUAGGGACACAGCCAUCUUGAGGUUUGGCGAGCCUUUGGUUAACAAAGUCAACCAAGCAUUUGUAAAAAUGUUUGUUAAGAAGACCGGGAAGUUCAGUUGGAACAAAUACUUAGAAAGAGUUGCAAGAAUCUUAAAAUAGACAUUCUGGGUGUAGACGGUCGCUUGCCAAAACGGAGUUAUUUUUGUUGAAUGAAAGAGGCGUUUCACUUGGUUGUUGUUUACAGGGGCUAAAUGGGGAAAAGGAACCAGCCUUCUUUUAACAUUGUGCAUCACAAAGUUAACAGAAAACAUAACUUAUCACCUCUAAUGGAUAGAUGAAAGCAUGCCCAUCCCUCUUUCUUGCAAUGAGUUCCCAAAUAGCUCAUAAAUUCUCACAGUUGCUUAAGAAGGUAUGGCAUCUGUGAAGGAUUCUGAAGGGAUGAAUCACCUUUUGUCCCAAAUACAUUGGUUGAAUUAACAUUUCGUUUUCGGCUAGUUCUUAUCCGUCCGCUAAAAAUCUGUCAGUCUCAGCCAGCAUGGUUUUGGGACUUUUCCGAUUUGCUUUAGACAGAUAAAUGUAUGAAUCAACAACUAUACGCCAAGCAUCUCUCUUCUAACUGCAUUGACACAAUAGGUGUGGGUAGAUUUGUUUCUUCACCACACAAAAGGUUUUGUUGAAUGUUGUGAAAAUUGAUUAUAGAUUAACUUGGUUACAUUCAGCAGGGUCUGCAUUUUAAGGCAAGCUGGUAUUAUGUUGUCCAGGUAAAUCUUGUAUGUUGAAUAAAGUUAUUCUGCUUAUGCUUA